UCUUUCACUUUCACUUCGCGGCUGCACUGCGUCGCGUCGUCCAGAGCGUUCAGAAUAAAGAUCAAACAACUCAGAAGUGACACAGUUUAGUCUUAUUCAGGAAAAUGGCUUUUCAGUAUCCGUCCGUCCGGAGAGAAGAGGAGAAGGUGGAUGAAUACCAUGGAACUAAGAUCUGUGACCCCUACGCUUGGCUGGAAGACCCUGACAGCGCAGAGACAAUGGCCUUUGUGGAGGAGCAGAACAAACUGACGAUGCCGUACCUGGAGCAGUGCGCUGUCCGGCCUCGGUUCCACCAGCGCCUCACCGAGCUCUACGACUACCCUAAAUACAGCUGCCCUUACAAAAGAGGGAAGAGGUAUUUCUACUUUCAUAACAAAGGCCUCGAGAACCAGGACGUGCUGUACGUGCAGGACUCCCUGGACGCACCUGCCACCGUCUUCUUUGACCCGAAUAAACUCUCUGAAGACGGCACGGUGGCACUGAAGAUGGGCCGCCUGUCGGAGGAGUGUGAAUACUUUGCGUACGGUUUGAGCAGCAGCGGCUCGGACUGGGUGACGGUGAGUUUCAUGAGGGCUGAUGACCUCAGCCAACUGCCCGACCUGCUGGAGAGGGUGAAAUUCAGCUGCCUGGCCUGGACUCACGAUGCCAAGGGCGUCUUUUACAACUGCUACCUGCGUCAGGACGGCAAAGCAGACGGCACCGAAACCACCAGCAACAUCAAUCAGAAGCUCUACUACCACGUCAUCGGCACCAAACAGUCAGAGGACGUUUUGGUGGCAGAGUUCCCUGAGAAUCCAAAGUGGCACAGCUCAGUAACCGUAUCAGACGAUGGCAGAUACGCCGUCCUGUCCAUCACUGAAGGCUGCGAGCCGGUGAACCAGCUGUGGUACUGUGACCUGCAGCAGCUCCCCGGGGGCAUCACAGGGCUGCUGCCGUGGGUGAAACUCGUGGACAACUUCGAGGCCCAGUUUUCUUAUGUGACCAACGAGGGAACUGUUUUCACUUUCCGCUCAAACUUGGAUGCUCCUAGAUACUGUCUCAUGAACAUAGACAUCCAGAAACCAGACAGGCAGCACUGGACAAUCCUCCUACCACAGCACGACAAGGAUGUCCUGGGCUUUGUCUCCUGUGUGAACCAGCACCACUUGCUGGUCAACUACCUCCACGACGUGAAGGACAUCCUGCAGGUGUACGAGUUGUCCUCGGCUCGGCUGGUCCGGGACCUCCCGCUGGACGUGGGCACAGUGGCCGGAGUGAGCUGCAAGAAGAAGCACUCGGAAUUCUUCUACAAGUUCACCUCCUUCACUUCGCCAGGGAUCAUUUACCACUGUGACCUGAGUGAGUCCAGCCCGGAGCCCACAGUGUUCAGGGAGGUGGAGGUGAAAGGCAUCAAGCAGGAGGAUUAUCAGACCACACAGGUGUUUUAUCCCAGUAAAGAUGGAACCAAGAUCCCCAUGUUCCUGGUUCACGCCAAGGGCCUGAAGAAAGAUGGAACUCAUCCGGUUUUCCUUUAUGGAUACGGAGGAUUUGAAGCUUCCAUUCAACCGCACUACAAUGUUGCUUACCUGCUGUAUGUGAGACACCUGGGGGGGAUUCUGGCGGUGGCCAACAUCAGAGGGGGGGGGGAGUACGGCCUCACCUGGCACAAAGCUGGAAGUUUAGGGAACAAGCAGAACUGCUUCGAUGACUUCCAGUGGGCAGCAGAGUAUCUGAUCCAGGAGAAGUUCACCAGCGCCAGUCGCAUCGCCAUCAACGGGGCGUCUAACGGAGGGCUGCUGGUGGCUGCGUGUGUGAACCAGCGCCCGGAGCUGUUCGGCUGUGCUGUGGCAGAAGUCGGAGUGAUGGACAUGCUGAAGUUCCACAAGUUCACCAUCGGCCACGCCUGGACCACGGACUACGGCUGUGCUGACGACCCGGAGCAGUUCAAGUGGCUCAUCAAGUACUCCCCUCUUCAUAAUCUCCCUCCGUCCCCUCACCCUCUCCCCCCCUACCCUGCCGUGCUGCUGCUGACCGGGGACCACGAUGACCGCGUGGUGCCCCUGCACACGCUGAAGUACUGCGCCGCCCUGCAGCACGGGGUGGGCCGCAGCCCCGAGCAGCGCCAGCCCCUGAUGGUCCGGGUGGACACCCGCAGCGGGCACGGGGCGGGGAAACCCACGGUCAAGGCCAUCCUGGAGGAGGCGCACGUCUUCUCCUUCAUCGCCGAGACCCUGGGCCUCAGCUGGAAGGAGUGAGGAGCAGGAACACCAUGGUUUCACACAGGGAGGGAGAUUUGUUUGAGUACCUAUGAUGAUUAAUUUGUAGAAUUAAUAGCUAAUUAGAGGAACGUGAUGGGUUAGAUGUCAGCGAGAAGAGAAGAGUGAAAAAAAAAAAAUGCAGUAAAAAGUUUAGAAUUAAAUAAAAUAUUGACAAAAACAGGAUAAAGAAGGUUUAAUUAUAAAUAACGAGCAACAACAAUUCUAACAAAUCUGAGAUACUCAUCUUGGUGCCUUUUUGAAACAGCGCUUAAUGUAGAAAAAUCAAAUACACUUAAAUAUGACAUUUCUUUGAAAGGUUUUAGAAAAUGUUCACAAGGUUUCAAUAAAAUGUCUAUUUGUACCGAG